GAAGGAAUCACUGAUUUCGAUACGUUCAUGGAAUUGAAUGAGGCAGAUUUUGUCCGGCUACGUUUAAAAACAAAAAUUAUUAAAAGUAUUCAGCGCAUUCAAAAGGAAUUAAAAAGUAAUUCGAUAGUAGAGGAGUUGGAGAUAAAUAAACAAAUAUCCGAUUUUGAAGAAAAAGAACAAACCGGAAAUACUGAAAGUGACGGAGACAAUGGAACAAAUUCGAUUGACGAACCAUAUAGAGACAUUUUUUUAGAAGAGGAAAUUAAUAUCGACAAAAUAUUCAAGCGAACUCGAGCAGGCAAAGAUAUUAUAGAGAUUUUAAAAGAAGGUGCGAAGCCUUCAGACGGCUGUUUGAAGUCCAUAAACAACAUUCUUUGCGAAUUUCUAAAAUCAACAUAUGGCCUGCGUCCAUCUUCAUACCACAAGAAUAUGUUGGCAAUGUCCCUGGUGAAAUCGUAUCCUGUAUUAGCAUCUUCUAAUGAUUCUGUCCCACAAGCACUGUGGUUUCAUCCCCAUGCAAGAGGACUAAAUAAACAUUCAGGCAGGCUGCAUUAUCAUAUGGAGUACCUGGUACGUAAAUCUAAUGAACGACUCAUCCAUCGGAAGAAAAAAGUAUCUACUUCAGAAAACGUUGACUUAACAUGUAUGAUAAAUACAGCAUCCGAAGAUCAAAUAGAGCAAAUGAGAAGCGAAUUAAAAUUCAUCUGUCCAGAACCAGCAACAAAAGAACGAGUUGAGGAACUUUGGAUGGCUACGUUCCAAGAUCGGCAGAAUAUACGUAAGACCGAUAACCUGUUAUCUUAUUUAAAAGACUAUCCGGCUGCAUCAGCAUUUAAUGGGAAGUUGAUCACCACAGAGUUCGGUCUUCUUAAUCCAGGAUGUUUAAAUUUUGGGGAAAAGUUUCAGUCUGUUCAGUGCCAAAUUGUCACAGAAUUUAAUGAAUGUUUCCGACACAUCACUAACGAUUUCUUGAGGGCUCUAGCUAUAAUUCGGAUGAAAAAUCCGAGUCGCGGAGCAAAACGAUUGCGUGUAUCCGGCGCUGCCAACGAUAAUCCUCUCCAGGGCAUCUUAGAAUGGUGUCAGGAUGACAUCCUUCCGCAAUCAUAUGACGUACCCACAUUGCACAUUAAAGGAGACAUGUUUGCGGACAUCUCUGAAGCAUUUAUAAUCUGGAGAAACUGGAACCUGAAAAUAAGUGGCGACUAUCAAUAUUUAUUCAAGAUACUGGUUGAGUGCUACAAUGUGGCGAAAGACGACUGUCGUCCUUCGGAUAAAAAUUUUUUUAUAUUUAUAUAUUCGCUCAUGGGCAUUGCUGCCUUAACAACGACGGGAGAAAAUUUUAUGCGUAGUCUUAAAUAA